AUGAGAGGAGAAUUCCAGAAAGUGACUUGGAGAAUAUUAACUUGCAAUAAUGUAGGAGCUCCAAAACGGAUAUUUGUGCUAAACUUGGCGAUACAGAAACGACUGCUCACAAGAGACAGAUUGAACAACUGGGGGAUAACUGAUGUUUUGAGCUGUCCUAUGUACAAUGAAGAAAAUGAGACAAUGGAUCAUUUGUUCUUUAGCUGUGUGGUAUCUAAAGAGGUCUGGGGAAAGGUUCUGAAAUGGCAAGGCAUUUCGAGAACUGCCUUAGACUGGCAAAAGGAUAUUGAAUGGGCAGAAAGAAAUGCAAAGGAUAGAAAUGUAGAUGCGCAAUUGUAUAGAGUAACGCUGGCUUGUGUGGUAUAUCAUAUAUGGAGGGAAAGGAACAUGCGAGUCUUUCAAGGGCAACAACAACAGAAUGAAGUGCUAGUUAGGCAUAUUAUUCAAGAGGUGACAAGUAGAGGGCUGAUGAAGAAUAGACCAGUAAAGAAGCUUGAAACAUUAAAUUUUUAUCCAUAG